AUGGCUGCAGUGGCAAUCCACCAUCUGCAGCCGCCGCCUUUAGCACUUUUCUCGAUUAGUGGCAUUUUGACGUUUCAACAUCCUUUCUUCAAUUCGUCAAUCAAACUUGAUCAGAAUUUGGCGCAAGCGGACAUUACUCCUUAUCUCUCGGGCGCGGUGACCGUUGGUUACAACCCUGCUUAUGACGAAUGGGCUUUCGAUCCCGAGAUGUUGACUCCAUCGUCUUCGAUGAGAAAUCACAAUUAUGUUCGCCCCACCAAGCCAGCGACAAUGUCUUCUACGGAUGCAAGAAGUUAUCAACGCCGUAAGCUCUACGAAUUUUUCGUGAACAAAAACAUGUACGUCGAAAUGGUAGAAGGGGUGGAUCUAGGAUUCGAUUGGGCAACUGAGCGGCACAACAAGUGGAAUGAUUGGCCUCCUACAAUUAUCGUCCAGGGUGAUAACGAUGAUGAUGUGAAUAAAGAUGUCGCAAUUUAUGUUGCUAAGCUGCUUGGCGAAAAAGCCAAGCUUUUCCUAGCUGAAAGAAAAGGCCAUAUGUUCGAAGCAACUGCUUUUCUGGAUGACGAGGUUGAGGGAUUAGACGUCGUGAGAAGAGCCGCUCGGGAGCUGGAAAAUGUCAUCGAAAGGAGUAAUUACCCUGGCCUGGUCUGA